UUUGCGUCGUGGAAUCAGGAAGUCACGCACAACAAACUCCUCUGUGUCUGCUGCCGAUCUGGAUCUGGACCUGGACCCGAACCCGGACCCGGACUCUGAUUUAGCCUCUCGCGAUGCUCACUGGACCUCGGAGCCAUGUGAGUGACAGCGGAACCUCGGCGUCCUCUCAGGCGUAACUCUGCUCUGAUCGUGGUAACCAGUAAUUCCAGUAGGAAUGUCGUACUGGUCCGUUGGCCUUCCCCAGGACUCUGGAAACACUCCCGGCAGCAUGGAGCAACAAAGCGGCCCUGGGGCCGAAAUGGGGGCCAAGGCAUCGCUGAUGGGGGAUCCGGGCCACGGCUCCCCACUGGUUCCCUCUCCGACUCUGGAGAAUAUCCAGGCAGCGUAUGCGGAUGGAGAGGGGGAGGCUGCCAGGGAGCUGAUCCAACAAGCCUGCUGUGUGGAGUGCAGCGCAGGGAUGCCUCACAUCAACGGGGUGCGUCUCCUGUGUUUGGCCAUUCAGCAUGAUGAUCUCCAGAGUGUGUGUUACCUCCUGAAAGAAGCCCGUAUCACUGUACCCCAGGAGCCAUCCAACAGCAACCCAGCCAUCCUGGCAGCGUACUACGGCCACGCCGGGCUGGUCAAAGAGUUGCUGGAUUCUAUACCUGGUCCAUGUCUAAGGAAAGAUUUGCUGAACUGGAUGCUGGCCACUUCUUGCCAGCAGGGUCACCUGGACGUGGUCCAGCUGCUGGUCCACGACUACGACGCCGAUGCCAAGGACUGUGCCAUCCACAGCGAUGAGUUUGCUGUGAUCACUGGGCUGCCGCUGUACGCUGCUGCACGAGCAGGUAAUGAGGAGAUAGCUCACUUCCUGCUGCAGAAUGGAGCAGGAUUCUCCUCAUACACCCUCAUGGACCACCCGGCUUUCAGCAAACACCUCCUCAGACUCAAACUACAGGAAGCCUCCAACGCAGAAGGAGAGGAGACUGUCACUGUGUGCUGGAGAGGUCUGCAACUGCCCUGGCUGGAGCUGGACUGGUUCAUGGAUGUCUCCUCACGGAUCACCCACCUGGAUCUGUCGUCCAACUGCCUGACUGCACUGCCCUCUGUGGUGCCCUGGGGUCUCAUCCACCUGCAGACUCUAGAUCUUUCCAACAAUCUGCUGAAAGAGCUUCCAGAUGCUCAAAACUCCCAGGAGGUCAUCUGCUCAAGUUUACAGCAGAUAAAUCUCUCUCGGAACCAGCUGACCAGUUUGCCACCCGGACUCCUCCAUCUGACCAACAUCCAGAGACUUUCUGCUGCAAAGAACCAGCUCACUGUCCUGUUUGACAUCCCAUCCACUACUAACUGGAUCGGUCUUCGUAAGCUGGAGGAGCUCGAUGUGUCCGAUAACUGUCUGACCGAUCUGCCCACGUCGGUCAUGCACUGUUUGAAAUCCUUGAGCUUCCUCAACGUGUGCAGGAACACACUGAGCAGCUUCCCUGACCCCUGGGCUUGUCCACUGAAGCAAUGCAAAGCUUCCUCCAACGUGAUCGAGAAACUUCCAAACACCGUCUCCAUCUUCUGGAGAACUCAGCUGCAGGAGGUGGACUUCUCGGACAACAGCCUGAAGGAGCUGCCUUCUUACAUCUUUGAGCUGGAGGCUGUGGUCUUGUUGAGAUUCUGUGGGAAUCACAUUGCGACACUCCCAGCCCCCAGUAAGUGGAAGUGCUCUCAGCUCAGGACCCUCGAUCUUUCCAGGAACCAGCUGGGCAAAACAGAGGAGGGGCCUAAAUCCUGGAAGCUGUCCUUCUUGACGACGUGGAGCAAGAGGGACCCAGACCCAGACCCAGUGAGUCCCAUCGAGUUUCCCAUGAUUCUGCGGGAUUCCUUGGAAGUGCUUUUCUUGAAUGACAACCAGCUGGAGUGUGUUCCCCAAUCUGUGUGUGGUCUGCACAGCCUCAGUGAGCUCUACCUCUCCAAUAAUCCUGGAAUCCGGGAGCUUCCAGCGGAGCUCAGUCAACUCUCCAACCUGUGGCAGCUGGACACUGAAGACCUCCACAUUACUAAUGUCCCACAGGAAGUAAGAAGUGAAGGUCCUGCAUCUGUCCUGUCUUUCCUCCGAGCGCAUCUUCGAAAGGCCGAGCCUUUUACGCUGCUUAAAAUGCUUGCGAUUGGUCCACCGAGACAGGGAAAGACGGCCCUUCUGGAGGCUCUACAGACCGGCAGGCCGUCACCCUUUACCCCCACAGACUGCAGCAUCUCCACCUCCACUUGGGAGCUGGACAAACCCAACGGAGGCAAAAACAGCAAGGGCUCGGUGGCGUUCAACGUGUGGGACAUCGGUGGUCAAGCGAACAUGUCCACGGUGAACCAGUGCUUCUUCACUGAUAGGGCCCUGUACGUGGUGAUCUGGAACCUGGCUCUGGGAGAGGAGGCUGUGGCCAACCUGCAGACAUGGCUACUAAACAUAGAGGCGCGAGCGCCCAACUCUGCCGUGGUGGUUGUGGGAACACAUUUGGAUCUCAUUGACACCAAGUUCCGAACUGAAAGACUGGCCACGCUGAGAGCUUAUAUCCUGGCUCUGUGCCGAUCUCCGUCAGGAGCUCGAGCCACCGGCUACCCUGACAUUACCUGGAAACACCUGCAUGAAGUGUCAUGUAAGACCAUGGAGGGCUUGGAUGGGCUGAAAAAGCUGAUCUACCAGGUGGCUCUCUCCAUGAAAGACAGCAGCAGCUCAGGCGGUGGCAGUAAACUGCUGGGCAGACUGAUCCCCAGGAGCUACCUGACACUCCAGGAAGCUGUGAUCACCGAGAAGCAGAGACGGGAUGCUGAGGGGGAGGUCCAAUACCUCACUGAUGACCAGCUGGACCGCAUCAUUGAACAGAACCCAGGAAGUGACAUCAGAGAUUAUGAAGACCUGCAGACUGCCAUCAGCUUCUUGAUUGAGACGGGGACCCUGCUGCACUUCCCCGACACCAGCCAUGGCCUUUGUACCCUCUACUUCCUGUGUCCUGUGUGGCUGUCAGAAUGUCUGGAGAGGAUCAUGCACCUCAAGUCCUCUCGCUCUAUAGCCAGGAAUGGAGUGAUCCGCACGGAAGACCUUAGGAUGCUACUGGUAGGAACAGGGUUCACCCCGCAGACAGAGGAACAGUAUUUCCAGUUCCUAGCCAAGUUUGAGAUCGCUCUUCCUGUGGCCAGGAACAGCUAUCUGCUGCCCCACCUCCUUCCCCCCAAGCCAGCCAUGGACAUCCAUGGCUUCAUGCAACAGACCAACAACACCCUGCAGCGCCUCGUUCAGAUGAGCUUUGUUCCUGCCGGAUUUUGGGAGCGCUUAAUUGCCAGGAUGCUCAUCAGCCUCACACAGAUGGACCUGCAGUCAUUUGAGCCCAAAAGAAACAUCCGGAGCCAACCCAGCAGGAACUCGGUGAUCUACAGCUUUGCUGGAACGCAGCAGAGGAACCGCUGCAGCACCUUCAGAGUCCGACGGAGCCAGACCAUAUACUGGAAGGAGGGGCUGCUGGUCACUUUUGAUGGAGGUUACCUCAGCGUGGAGUCAUCCGAUGUCAGCUGGAAGAGGAAGAAGACUGGAGGCAUAAAGAUCAUCUGCCAGUCAGAGAUGAGAGAUUUCUCUGCCAUGGCCUUCAUCACAGACAACGUCAACCUUCUAAUUGAGCAGUGGUUCCCUGCGUUGACAGCCAGCGAGAGUGACGGGAGUCUCCUCAUCGAGCAGUUCGCCCCCUGUCCCCUCUGUGCCUCGCUGGGCCAGCAGAAGCGGGCCGAGGUCGAAGCCAGCCCGGUCGGCCAAGUCGAAGAGAAAACAGCUGGUGGAGGAGAUGGGGUGCAUUACUUUAACAUGGAGGACUGUGUGCUGGCGGCGGUGGAGAAGGAGCACAUCGUGUGUCCUCAGCACCCUGACCAGCCCGUCACCCUCCAGGAACUGGUCCCAGAGCUGUUCAUGACUGACUUCCCUGCACGGCUGUUUUUAGACGGGGAACAGCUGGAGUACUCCGAGGAGGAGAAUAACAUCCUUGGUCAGGGAGGCAGCGGGACCGUCAUCUACAGAGCCCGAUAUCGGAACCAGCCGGUGGCCAUCAAACGCUUCCACUUCAGGAAGUGUCGACAGCAGUCCGUCAGCAGCGAGACAGACACCAUGGUGAAACACCUGCAGUCUGCAGAUGCCUGUCGGAGCUUCUCUGAGUUUCGCCAGGAGGCCAGCAUGUUGCACUCCCUGCAGCAUCCCUGCAUCGUCUCUCUGGUGGGCAUCAGCAUCCAUCCGCUCUGCUUCGCCCUGCAGCUGGCCCCCCUGGGCAGCCUCAACACUGUGUUGGCGGAGAAGCGCAAAGGCUCCGGAUACAUGCCACUUGGUCACAUGCUAACUUUCAAAGUAGCCUAUCAGAUUGCAGCAGGACUGGCGUACCUUCACAGGAAGAGCAUCAUCUUCUGCGACCUCAAAUCUGAUAAUAUCCUGGUGUGGUCUCUGGAGGUGCAGGAUCCAGUUAACAUUAAACUGUCUGACUACGGCAUUUCUCGACAAACCUUUCACGAGGGGGCGUUGGGGGUGGAGGGCACACCAGGUUACCAAGCCCCUGAGAUCCGACCAGGCAUCGUGUAUGAUGAGAAGGUGGACAUGUUCUCCUAUGGUAUGGUGCUGUAUGAGCUGCUGUCUGGGAGGAGGCCAGCGCUUGGUCACCACCAGCUUCAGAUCGCCAAGAAGCUCUCCAAAGGCAUCCGGCCGGUGCUGGGCAGUCCAGAGGAGGUUCAGUUCUACUGCCUCCACAGCCUGCUGACUGAAUGCUGGGACACAAAGCCUGAGAAGAGGCCGGUGGCCAUGCAGUGUGUGAGGCAGAUGCAGCAGCCCAGCUUCCCGUGCCUCAGGUAUCUAUUGUCCUGUGACAGCCACUCGCAGCUCUUCCUGUCCCCGCUGCAGGGACACAGCGCUGUUUUCUGGAACGGAGACAAGGACAACAGGAGUUACAGUGUGGUGAAUGUGGAGAAGGGCCAGAUGGAGGUGAAGAGGAUGUUGUGUCCCGGCAGCAGGAUCAGCUGUCAGAUGAAAAUGGGUAACAUUCUCUGGAUGGCCACUGAGGAGCAGGAGAUUUUCAUCUACAGUCUGAAGGACAUGUGUCCUCUCAGUCAACCCCAGAAACAGUUCUCUUGUCCAGCCAUCAUCACCUGCCUGUUUCCUGUCCCAGCAAGAGAACAGAGCCUGGCCAGAGUGUUUGCUGGGAUGUCUGACGGCCUGGUGGCGGUCUACAGCUUAGUGGAGGACCUUCCUCUGGAGGAUGAGACCUACCUGUGUUCACACACCCUCAACAAGUCGGUGUUUGCUCUGAAGGACUCAGAUCCCCGGCAGAAGCCCUACCCAGUCAGCAGCAUGGCACUGGUCAGCAGCGGCUCCCAGUUAUGGUUCUCCAAUGGUCCGGGCAUGCUGGUCAUCGACUGUCUGAGUCUUCAGGCAGUUCGAAGGCUGGAGCCCUACAACCCGCCGUCGUCUAUCGCAUCCAUGACAACCAGCUUCUGUCUGUGGGGAGAGGAGGCGGUCUGGACUCUGGACGACCACACCAACACGCUGCUGCUCUACCAUGCUGCCUCGUACCAGCUCUGCGCCAAGUACUGCUGCGGGGAUAGCAAUCCUCUUCGGGAUGUGUUUGCUGUGCAGCGUCCUGCUGGGGUUACCAUGGAGACAACCACGGAACAAAAGACCACAGACCAAGAAGAGAAGCCGGAAUGGGCUCUUGGAGAAGUGUCACUGAUCUACAACGAGGAGGCGGGCACUCAGAUCCUCCAGCACCGGGACUCACAGAUCGACUACUGCUCCAUCUCAUCUAAAUGCUCCCUGGAGCUGCUGGCGUCGGACUGUUCCAGCACCGCAGGCCUCGCCUCAUCAGCCAGCCAGAGCAGUGUGCCACCGCCUCCAGACCCGGAGGAGACGGGCCGGGACCAGGACCAGCAGGCGCCCGCCAACCCUGAGUCUGAUCCGGACACUGCAGAGACCGUGAAGCCCACACCGCCUCAGCUGCAAGCCUUCACUGUGCUGCCAGUGAACGGAUCCCUGUGGAUCCCCAGGCGCGGAGGUGACCUCAUCGUCAUUGAAAUGCAGUCUCACAAUGAUCAACUCAGGGGGCGUGUCACUGCUGUUCUCAGUCCACCUGGAUGUUCCUCUUUGGGGAUCCUGCAGGAGGCCGCGCUCGUGGCAAAGGACACAGUUGUAUGUGGCUUUCAUAAGGAAAACACGGAGUGGUGCCUGUGUGUCUGGAGGGGCUGGGGCAGCCGCGAGCUGGAAGUCUUCUACCGGUCUUACGAGGAGCUCGGCCGCUUGGAGAGCAGCAUGAGGAAAAGAAGGUAGCCGUUGUGCUGCGUCGGCAAGGUGCAGAAUCGCAGCUCUGUACGGAGGAGGGCGAGCCGAGGGGGAAUACACGCCGACAGACGGCCAGUGUUCGGAGCGGGGGGGGGCCGCCGAACGCUGACAUCAGAGCAACGUGGGGGAGGGGGGAGGGGGGGCCGAGCCUCCAGCUGUGCACAGCGGCUAUGUCCCCUCACGACAUACCUCAGUACCAAUAAUAAGCCUGAAAGAUCUGUAAUCCCACAGCGGACAUGAGCAGCCCUGAGGCUGAGUGACAGAUCAAGGUCGCCAGAACAACACUGCAGAGGUUUUAAUGGCUCCUGCAUUUCCCGAUUCAAACUGCUUGGAAUUCAGGAUUCGGUAUUCAAGAUGUGGUGGAAUGUUUGUCUGACUCCAGCUGCUGCAAGCCGAUUGUAUAUUCUGUCUGCUGUCUAUGUCAGUGUCCCUUCAUUUAACGUCUGCAAGUAGCAACUUCGUGGACGUUGACGUACAAGUCUCGAGUCUCUUUCAAUGGAUUGGCGAUGGAGUUCGGGCGAUGCUGUUGUGAAAAGGCUGACGUUCCACAUAGGUGGAUGUCAGUGACACUGACUCGGAACACAGUGUUCCUCCCUUUAUCUGUGCCACAUGAACCUGCAUGACAGCCAAAGCUCCCAUUGUUACCAGGGAACAUCUGUGUUCUGUUUGUCAUUAUGCAACAGACCAGCGGUUUUCAGCGUUUGCCAUCGAAAGACUUUUACGCAAAGCUUUAUUCUGGUUUCGGUGACCACAGAGUUCCCUUUGUGCUCCGUGCGUCUGUACCUCAGAAGAAGAGGACGUGUUCUUUGGGUUGUAGUUAUCUUUGUCACAUCUUUGUUCGGUCAGCUUUUUGCUCACAGGGCUCAGGAUGCAUGAGGGAAUCACAGGAAAUGAUGUCGUGGAUUUGAUGCAGAAGACGAGGAUGUGCUCAUUCGAUAUAAUGUAGAAGACAAUAGUGGAUCAUUAAUGUAGUUCUUUAGUCUUCUUUAUUAAAACCAUGUGUUAUUUGGUUGAGCUAUAAACACUGUUCAGUACAUUCUAACUGAUCUCUGGUUGUUCUGUUGACUCAUAUUAAUAAAAUACACCAGUAACAGCAGGUGUUACCAAUUCAGCCAGCUCUUUUUCAGUGUGUUUUCUCUUGAUUAAGAUGACAUCAUCCCUGUACAUUAGUAGUUUGAUACCAGUUCAUGUUACCAUAUUGACGGAAAAACACCACCAAAAGUGUUCAGCUUUUCAGAAACACUGAUAAAAGAAUUCAAUUAGAUUAUUUUUUGUUGGUAUAGCUGGGGUAUACAAACCCGAAUUUGCCUCCGAGGGCUUUACAAUCUGUACACAUACGACAUCCCUGACCUUUGACCUCACAUCGGAUCAGGAAUAACUCCCAAGAAAACUGAAAAAACUCUUUCACAGGGGAAAAAAGGGAAGAAACCUUCAGGAGAGCAACAGAGGAGGAUCCCUCUUCCCGGAUGGACAGAAUCAAUAGAUGUCAUGCAGAAGGAACAGCGUUACAGGCUUACAACACAUUCAAUGAAUAUGACAGAAAUUAUGAAUAAUGAGUCGUAGGGAAUGACCCCAAGUCAUGAGUGGAGCGGACGCUGUCUCCAAGAGAGGGUUGUAUGCUAGUUCUGUAGCCAGACAUCAGCCCUCAGCGCUGCGCCGAAUGUAUCACACGUCCAUGAUUUAUCUCCUUGCUCAGAUUACAGACACAUGCAGGAUCUAAAGCAGACGCAACACGAGGGCUCCGGUUACAAUGCAAGGCGGUCGACCUCAGUGUCAGGCUGAGCACCACUGGAGGAGACCAUGUGGUUUUAAUCACGUUAUCUUUCCAACCAAAUACAUGUGUCGUCUUAAAUUGGCACAUUUGCAUUUCUACAGUGGCCAGUGGAGAUCUGUGUACACCAGCCUAGUAUACGUCACAGGUUGUGUGAUUAUCAGAAUGUAUAAUGAAGGUAUAUUGUAAUAGGUGUUGUGUACAUAAUCUCUGUACAGUAUGGUACUACAUAAAGUUCUUAUGAUAACUCUG